AUGUCCUCCUUUGUUCUGGCUCCUGUCGUUGAGGCUGACUUUGAUCGGAUGCUCAAGUAUACUGACGAAGCUGGAGGGACACUAGCAGCGCCUCUUCUCUUUGCAACAUGGCCAGCUCAAGACCCAGUUGCAACAGCACGUCGAAAUGCUUGGAGCAUGGAGCAGCAGAAAUGGCAAUUCCGCAACGAUCCAUCAGCCCGAUUCAUGAAAGUCGAGGACGCUUCGACACGGGAGAUUGUGUCUUUGGCCCGGUGGCACAGAUACACCAAUGGGUAUCCGCAGGCCGACAUCUACACUGAAAUCGAUGUCUUCGCGCCACCUGGCACUCGAGCGAAUUUUGCAGAAGGCCUAAACGGACCGCUGCACGCUGGGCUUCUGGGAGCUGCCUGCAAAAGGCGGGCGGACUAUGUCAACCCUGGUGUUUCCUGGAUCUUGACAACGUUGAUCACCAGAGCUAGAUGGCGGAGACAAGGCGCAGGCGGCAUGCUCUUGCAAUGGGGCAUACAACAGGCCGCAAGGGACGGUGCACCGGCAUACCUUGAAGCUGUACCUUCGGCUGUGUCGACUUACAAGCGCCAUGGAUUCGAGCACAUUCAAGACACUAAGGUGGACUGCAGUGACUGGGGCAUGGGCGGGGAAUUUGUCCUGGCGGUCAUGCGCAAGGCUAAAUAG